CAUAUAUAGCAAAGCAAAGCAAACCCUCUUCAACUAUAAGUGUAGAAAGAAGUACAUUUCUGAUUCACCUAUCAAAAGAAGCUUAAUUAUUCGAUCAAUUUAAGCAAACGGUAUAACAAAUGGCUUCCUCCAUGGUCUCUUCCGCCGCCGCGGUUGCCUCCGUCGGCCGUGGCACGCCGGCAAAAGCCAGCAUGGUGGCACCUUUCUCUGGCCUCAAGUCAACCUCCUCAUUUCCAGUUACUCAAAAGUCAAACAAUGACAUAACAUCUAUAGCCAGCAAUGGUGGAAGAGUGCAAUGCAUGAAGGUGUGGCCACCAAGAAACAACAAGAAGUUUGAGACUCUGUCUUACCUUCCACCUCUCUCUAGUGAGUCAUUGCUCAAGGAAGUAGAAUACCUUCUCAAGAAUAACUGGGUUCCUUGCCUUGAAUUUGAACUGAAGGAUGCUUUCGUGUACCGUGAGCACAACAAUUCCCCAGGGUACUACGACGGCCGUUACUGGACAAUGUGGAAGCUGCCGAUGUUUGGUUGCACAGACGCGACACAAGUGCUGAGAGAGGUCGAGGAAGCCAAGAAGGAAUACCCGGACGCCUACAUUCGUAUCAUUGGAUUCGACAACGUCCGCCAAGUUCAGUGCAUCAGUUUCAUUGCUUACAAGCCCUCCCAAUAAUAUAUAUUCAUUAUUCAUCUCUAUCACUUUCAUUUCAUUUUCUCUUAUUCAGACUUAUUCAUAUCUGUCUCUAUCACUUUCCUUUCAUUUUGUCUUAUUGAUGACACUUAUUUAUGAUGGUGCAUCAUCUUCCUCUUCGUUGUUUUCUUUUUUUGUAUUAUCCAUGUGAAUGAAUUAUUUAAUGAGAAUAAUGGAAUUCAAAUUUGUGA